GCUGGCCAAAGCCCAAGCAGAGAAGGCUGGGAUGGGGUGGGGGCAGGGAACUCAGGAUGGGGCAGCUGCCUCUGGAAGCAGCCAAGAUGUCCCUGGCUGCAGUAAGGGUAGUCAGAGCCCGGAACUAACACCCUCCUCCCCCUCACUCACGCACCCUGGCCUGCCCCCGUCUGAGCCUGCCAAAGCUCAGAAUAACCUGGGGGACCAGACAGCGGAAUGGCAGGGGCUCUGCUCUGCGCCUUGCUCCUCUUGCAGCUCCUCGGCAGAGGUGAGGGGAAGAAUGAGGAGCUGCGCCUUUACCACUACCUCUUCGACACCUAUGACCCAGGACGCCGGCCAGUGCAGGAGCCCGAGGACACUGUCACCAUCUCCCUCAAAGUCACCCUGACCAACCUCAUCUCCCUGAACGAGAAAGAAGAGACCCUCACCACCAGCGUCUGGAUUGGAAUCGACUGGCAAGAUUACCGACUCAACUACAGCAAGGGCGACUUUGGGGGCGUAGAAACCCUGCGGGUCCCUUCAGAACUCGUAUGGCUGCCAGAGAUUGUGCUGGAAAACAAUAUCGACGGCCAGUUCGGGGUGGCCUACGAGGCCAAUGUGCUGGUCUCCGAGGGCGGCUACAUGAGCUGGUUGCCCCCGGCCAUCUACCGCAGCACCUGCGCCGUGGAGGUCACCUACUUCCCUUUCGACUGGCAGAACUGCUCGCUCGUUUUCCGCUCCCAGACGUACAAUGCCGAAGAGGUGGAGUUUGUCUUUGCGGUGGACGACGAGGGCAGGACCAUCAACAAGAUCGAUAUCGAUACUGAGGCCUAUACUGAGAACGGCGAGUGGGCCAUCGACUUCUGCCCCGGGGUGAUCCGCCGCCACGACGGUGACUCUGCGGGUGGCCCAGGGGAAACUGACGUCAUCUACUCGCUCAUUAUUCGCCGGAAGCCGCUGUUCUACGUUAUUAACAUCAUCGUGCCCUGCGUGCUCAUCUCGGGCCUGGUGCUGCUCGCUUACUUCCUGCCCGCGCAGGCUGGCGGCCAGAAAUGCACCGUUUCCAUCAACGUCCUGCUCGCCCAGACCGUCUUCUUGUUCCUGAUUGCCCAGAAAACCCCUGAGACAUCUCUGAGCGUGCCGCUGUUGGGCAGGGAACUGGGAGUCCCCUUCAUGGUUGCCACUGGCCGUGCGAGGGCGGGGAGAAAGACCAGGCCGGGGGGCGGACCGUCUGGCCCUGCCGGGAGGAGCAGCUCCACGCCUGCGGAGAGGUACCUCAUUUUCGUCAUGGUGGUCGCCACACUCAUUGUCAUGAAUUGCGUCAUCGUGCUCAACGUGUCAUUGCGGACGCCCACCACUCACGCCAUGUCCCCGCGGCUGCGCCACGUGUUGCUGGAGCUGCUGCCCCAGCUCCUGGGCUCCGGCGCGCCCCCCGAGAUCCCCCGAGCUGCCUCGCCCCCAAGGAGGGCGUCGUCCCUGGGCCUCCUGCUCCGCGCAGAGGAGCUGAUACUGAAAAAGCCGCGGAGCGAACUUGUAUUUGAGCAGCAGAGGCACCGGCACGGAACCUGGACCGCUACCCUCUGCCAGAACCUGGGCGCUGCCGCCCCCGAGAUCCGCUGCUGUGUGGAUGCCGUGAACUUCGUGGCUUCAAGCACGCGGGACCAGGAAGCCACUGGCGAGGAGGUGUCCGACUGGGUGCGCAUGGGGAAGGCCCUUGACAGCAUCUGCUUCUGGGCUGCUCUGGUGCUCUUCCUCGUGGGCUCCAGCCUCAUCUUCCUCGGGGCCUACUUCAACCGAGUGCCCCAGCUGCCCUACCCGCCAUGUAUGUAGACCUGAGGCCACAGCCACACCGACAAGAAUUCCCACCCGUCUCCAGGAGGAUAUUUGAAAAACACCUUGCUACCACUGCUUUAUUACUAUCCUUUCCCACUGCCAAUGAUAAAUCUGUAUUCAACUUCA